CGAGCAGUGCUGGGAAGUAUAGGCUGUGUUGUCACGCCGGUGUCAGUCUGAUGAAGAUUGGCAUCAGGUGAAUUCUGGAGCAGGAUGCUGAGGCUUUCUGUCCUCCAUGAGGCUCACUAGAAAGGGGGCUGUGAACUGCGCUCAGGUUGGAGCUUCGGGGGAGCAAUUCCAGCCCAGCUGGAAGUAAGCAGAGGGCAGUGAGGCUCCUGGAGACCACCCCAGAGGCCGGGACCACCCAACAGUAAGAGAUGCCCUCCUGUCCUUGAACACGCAGCUCGAUCUUCCAGAUCCUUGAUGUGAAUCAAUCCCAUGAUGCAACAUGCCUCCCCAGCCCCAGCUCUGACAAUGAUGGCCACGCAGAAUGUCCCUCCCCCACCCUACCAGGACAGCCCACAGAUGACGGCCACUGCCCAGCCUCCCUCCAAGGCCCAGGCUGUCCACAUCUCUGCACCAUCAGCUACUGCCAGCACACCUGUACCCAGUGCCCCCAUUGACCCCCAGGCCCAGCUGGAAGCUGACAAGAGAGCUGUGUACAGGCACCCUCUUUUCCCGCUCCUGACGCUGCUGUUUGAGAAGUGUGAACAGGCCACCCAGGGCUCUGAGUGCAUCACCUCCGCCGGCUUUGAUGUGGACAUCGAGAACUUUGUCCACCAGCAAGAGCAGGAGCACAAACCCUUCUUCAGCGAUGACCCAGAACUGGACAAUCUGAUGGUGAAGGCAAUCCAGGUGCUGCGGAUCCACCUGUUGGAGUUGGAAAAAGUCAAUGAACUCUGCAAGGACUUUUGCAACCGUUAUAUCACCUGCCUCAAAACUAAGAUGCACAGUGAUAACCUGCUCAGGAACGACCUUGGGGGGCCCUACUCCCCCAACCAGCCCUCCAUAAACCUGCACUCACAGGACCUCCUGCAGAAUUCCCCCAAUUCCAUGUCUGGAGUCUCCAAUAACCCCCAGGGGAUUGUGGUCCCAGCCUCAGCGCUCCAGCAGGGCAACAUCGCCAUGACAACCGUCAACUCACAAGUCGUGUCAGGUGGAGCCUUAUACCAACCGGUUACCAUGGUAACCUCCCAAGGUCAGGUGGUCACCCAAGCAAUCCCCCAGGGAGCCAUCCAGAUCCAGAACACACAGGUUAACCUUGACCUCACCUCCCUCCUGGACAAUGAGGAUAAGAAGUCCAAGAACAAGCGAGGAGUCUUGCCCAAGCAUGCCACCAAUAUAAUGCGUUCUUGGCUCUUCCAGCAUCUCAUGCACCCCUACCCCACGGAGGACGAGAAGAGACAGAUCGCAGCCCAGACAAACCUCACACUCCUGCAAGUAAACAACUGGUUCAUCAACGCCCGGAGACGCAUUCUGCAGCCCAUGCUCGAUGCCAGCAACCCAGACCCUGCCCCCAAAGCCAAGAAGAUCAAGUCUCAGCACCGGCCCACCCAAAGAUUCUGGCCCAACUCCAUCGCUGCUGGUGUGCUACAGCAGCAGGGCGGCACCCCAGGGACAAACCCCGACGGCUCCAUCAAUUUGGACAACCUGCAGUCCCUGUCCUCAGACAAUGCCACCAUGGCCAUGCAGCAAGCUAUGAUGGCUGCGCAUGAUGACUCUCUGGAUGGGACAGAAGAAGAGGAUGAGGACGAGAUGGAGGAAGAGGAGGAGGAGGAGGAGCUUGAGGAGGAAGCUGAUGAGCUGCAAACCACAAAUGUCAGUGACCUGGGCUUGGAACACAGUGACUCCCUGGAGUAGUCACAGCCCACGUGGUGCUGAUCUCCGAGCUGUAGACGGGUGGCAUCAGGAGGGUUCCGGGUGGGGGGAGGGCGUGGCCAGACAGCACUGAGGAAGCUGGGCCCUCACUUCCCCAAAUCAGUAGCUUGAGGAGGCACAGAGGAGACCCCCUGCUCCUUCCUGACCACCAGGCUUCAGCGAACACGCAGUCUGCUUCCCUAGAGCUGGAGCGGACUCCAUCGGCAGAGCCAUCAAGCAGUCUUUAUGGAAAGACAAGACUGAGAUCUGGAUUUACCCAAUUCUUGAGGACAGUUGGUGCCAGUGGAUCCCAUGUACCUCACUGUGUACAAGCCCUGCACCAAGAGGUGGACCGGUGUUUGCAGAGUAGGCUUUUGCCAAGGGAUGACUUAAGAGGGAAGGGUGACACCACCCUCACCCCAAGGAUUUCUGCUCAAAGGCAAGAGGGAUCCCAAAAGCAUAAUCAGAAGCUGGAGGAGGGGAGGGCCUGAAGCAACAGCUCUUGCAGACCAGUGUGGGACCUGGACUCUACAGGGCCCCAGGGCCUGUCUGUGGGCACAGCCACCACAGAAGUGGGAGGGGGGAAGGGAGCCAGCAAGGCCUCCUUCUCUUUCUCCUGGAAACACAUUGUUAGCUACUGGGCUCAACCCAUAAGAGGCUGAAGGAGUCCUUCGUCUGGGUUGGCUCCAGGAGAACCUGGACUGGGAGCCAUAUCAAGGUGACUUUGGGACUAGGUGGUCAUAGAACUCAGUUCCUAUGACAGCAGGACAACGGUGUCUUACCUAGAUGUUCCCAUCCUCAAAUGAAGCGCCUCAGAUGUUCCAGGCCCUCCACAGACCUUCAGAGAGCAGAGCCAGAAUGACUUGGAAUCUUCCUACCCUGUAGGCCAUCGUGGCUGUUCCCUGCUUCCCGGCUGACUCUAGGAGCCUCCAGCCUCUCUUCUUUGUUUUGUCCUUCAAAAAGACAAGAGAAGCAUGGAAAGAAGCAGCAGCCAAUGGAAGGGAAGGCAGGGUUUGGAGAAGGGGUGGCACGCAAGAGCCUGCAGAGUGCUCACCCCAGGCACCUCACCGUGCACACCCGCACUGUGCACGGCGCUGGAGGAACUGGAGCUGCGGGCAGGAGGAGGCUUCCAAUCUGCCCUUGAGCACCUUCUCCCAGCCCUGCUUCCAGGCUCCCAUCGUGGGCACCUCUCCUCCUGCUUCCUCCCACCCUACGGCUGUGAAGGACAGGACUGGUCACACGUGUUUCCCAUUGGGUUUAAUUUGACGGACAUGCAGUUUCAUUUGUAAAUUGUGCAUUAGCCAUCUCCUUCAGUGGCAUGAUGUGAGUGGCUACCUGGCUCAACUGGAGGGAACCUCAGCGUCCUCUGGGGCUUCCCCUCCCCUACUUGGUUGGGGCGGAGCAGAAGGAUAGUCGCUUUCCUGAGGUCUCCCCGAAAUGAAUGUAUUUCUUCCCCAAAAGAGCUGAUAUUUAAUGUUUUAAUAGGGAUUUUUGAGAAACAAAUAACCUUAUUUAUAAUCUGGGUGAUCCAAUCAUUUUUUUACUCCCUUUUGAUGCCAUAGGUAGAGGAAAGUCUAGCUUUUCUGGCGUGAGACUUUUGCAAUGUGCAGUGGGAUAAAAUGCAUUUCUUCUUCCA